AUUUUUUCAUCUUUCUUAUUUAAAAUUUCGUGAACCAGAAUCUAAUCAAACGAAGAAUCUCUCGCUCGAAGAAAAAUUCUCUCUCUCCGUUACAGCAAAGCAAAAUCUGACCAGAAGUGAGCUUCGAAAGAUUCAUUUUCAAACUUAGAUUGUGAUGGGAGUUGUGUAUAUCUCAAGUUCAGCUGCAAGAUCUCCGCUUGGGUUAAGCAGCGAUCUUUUGACACAUCGGUCUUCUCUUAAAAAGCCAUCCAUUGUUGCGUUUAAAGCUGAUGAUUCCACCAAUUCAGCUUUGAUCAUUCCUAGUGAACAAAUUUUGAUUCCCGCGGAAAAGCAGAAGGAGAAGAGAGUAGUAACAAAGAGGAAACCCUGUAAAACCCCGAAAAAACCGAGUUCCUUGGAUCACAAUUUGGCUCCUUCUUGCUCAUUAGGAGUGGACUACAACGAAGCUGCUGCUAGACUAGAAAGCAUAUACAAGCUUAGUCCUGCAACAUCAGUCGAGGAUGAUAUUGAUGGCUCCAAAGUGAAAGUUUCACGGAGGAGAAGGAGGAAAGAAGGUGGGGAAGAAAAGAAAGUUGUUGUAAGGAAUAAUGGGAUGAAGGAAAAGCGACUGAGUCUUGAUAAACGGAUUGCUUUGAAGAGAAACAUUCAAGAGAAACCACUUGUUCCUUCUGCUCAGAAAAAAGUAACAAAGAAGCAGCAAGAGGAAGAGAAGAUAGAGAGGCUCGUGAGGGACUAUUCAGCGUCUCAUGAUAUAGUCAGCUUGGACUGGAAAAAAAUGAAGAUACCUCCUGUUCUUCCAUCCACUGAACAUGCUUGGUUGUUUAAGUUGAUGCAACCUAUGAAGGCUCUUCUUCAAGUGAAAGAUGAAUUGCAAAAGAGUUUGGGAAGAGAGCCAAGGGAAACUGAAAUAGCUGGGGAGAUCAAUAUGAGCGCGGCUGAAGUGAAAAGGAAAAUCGAAAUUGGUAGAGCUGCAAGAAACAAGCUUAUUAAGCACAAUCUCCGGCUUGUAUUGUUUGUGAUGAACAAAUAUUUUCAAGAUUUUACCAACGGACCGAAAUUUCAAGACCUGUGCCAAGCCGGUAUGAGAGGGCUUAUCACAGCAAUCGACCGCUUUGAGCCGAAAAGGAAGUUCCGUCUUUCGACUUAUGGUUUGUUUUGGAUAAGACAUGCCAUCAUACGGUCUAUGACAACCUCAAACUUUACUCGUGUCCCAUUUGGACUUGAAUCAGUGAGAGUGGAGAUCUACAAAACAAAGAUGGAACUAUUGUUUGAGCUGGGAAGGCUCCCGACAGAGGACGAGGUAGUUGAGAGACUCAAGAUUUCACCUGAGAGAUACCGUGAAGUAUUGAGGGCCGCAAAACCGGUUUUCUCACUAAAUUCAAAACAUUCGGUUACUCAAGAAGAAUUCAUCAACGGAAUCACAGAUGUUGAUGGCGUAGGAGCUGAUAACCGGAGACAACCUGCUAUUCUCAGGCUUGCUCUUGAUGACGUGCUCGAUCAUGAAGCCGAAAGAGAGUUUAGUUAUUCGACAAAGGUACGGUCUUGACGGGAAAGGCGACAGGACUCUAGGAGAGAUAGCUGGGAAUCUCAACAUCUCCAGAGAAAUGGUGAGGAAACAUGAAGUCAAGGCCUUGAUGAAACUCAAGCAUCAGGCCCGAGUUGAUUACCUCCGUCAAUACAUCGUCUGAAACCAAAGUGAACCGCCCCACUCAAUUGUUCGAGCAUACUUGGUACGAUUCCCCGAAUAUAUGAGAUACUUAUAACCGUUGGUAUAGUUGUGUAUGUAUGUAAUAUCAGAGUUACUUAUAGCUGCGUAAAAUCAAAAAUCCGUGAAUAGUAAUCGUUGUAUUUUAUAUCCAUUAUACUACACUGAUACCGAAAAGUUAUACAUGUAAAGUCUGAGAAUUUGGUAUGCAUUAGUUUUAUAAAUUAAACCGAUAUUACCGG